AUGUUUCUAAGAAGCGUCGCGAAGCAAUCGAUCAGAACCAUGUCCUCUUUGACUCCAGUUGCCACCAAGCUGUCGCCACCCGCUGCGGCGUCUUACUCGCAAGCCAUGAAAGUCAACAACAUGAUCUUUGUGUCUGGCCAAAUCCCUUACACUGCUGAAAACAAGCCUGUGGAGGGCUCUAUUGCCGACAAGGCCGAGCAAGUGAUCCAGAACGUCAGCAACAUUUUGAAGGAGGCCAACUCGGGCUUAAACAAGGUCGUCAAGGUCAACGUUUUCUUGGCCGACAUUAAGGACUUUGCCGAGUUCAACGUUGUGUACGCCAAGUACUUCCACGAGCACAAGCCUGCCAGAUCCUGUGUUGCGGUUGCUGCCUUGCCAUUGAACGUUGACUUGGAAAUGGAGGUCAUUGCCGUGGAGAAGGACUAA